GAGGUGUGGAUUUAAUUUAUGGGAUGGUUUCAGGUUCCUUGUAAUCUUUUGAGAAUGUUUUGUUUAUGGAAUUUUUAAAUGGGCUUGAUUUUUGGUUUGGUAGAAUGCAUUUGAUUGUGGUUUGGGUGAUAGAGUGGUGGAGAUGCAAAUGGAGGUGUGGGUACUUUGUCUCUGUUAAAAGGAAAUUGUAGGUUUAUGGUUUGGUUUAAACAAUUGUGUGGCUAUGUGUUCGCUUUAGGUGUCAGUGUCGUGAUGCAAAGGAGACUGUGUUUCUAGGUUUAAAUUCAGUGUUUCUAUGUACAUAAUUGGGUGAUUUCUUAAUAUUUCUAUUAGGUUAUUUCAAUUUGUUUUCUGUUUGAUUUGGAGAGCUGCGCUUGGCAUGAUUGUUUUCUUUAAACUUGGUUGAUUUAGGUUUGGCCAGAAGGUGCUGGCAAUGGCUACAACGACAUAUCCACCACCACCACCGUAUUAUAAGCUCUACAAAGAUUACUUGCAAGAUCCCAAAUCAGCUCCGGAGCUGCCCCCUGAAGGGACAUACAUUUGCUAUGGUGGCAAUUACACAACUGAUGACAUUCUUCCGAGCUUGGAAGAUCAGGGAGUGCGUCAACUGUAUCCAAAAGGCCCAAACUUAGAUUUUAAGAAGGAACUGAGGUCACUUAACAGAGAAUUGCAGCUGCACAUUUUGGAGCUGGCUGAUAUUCUUGUAGAGAGACCAUCACAGUACGCGAGGAGUGUGGAAGAUAUAUCUCUUAUCUUCAAGAACUUGCAUGAUCUUCUCAACUCAUUGCGUCCCCAUCAAGCUAGGGCAACGUUAAUUCACAUUCUAGAACUUCAGAUACAACGUCGUAAACAAGCUGUGAAGGAUAUAAAGAGGAGGAGAGAAGAAGCACAGAGACUUCUCAAGGACUAUAUUGGAACGUUGGAGGACACCGGCGCAUCUUUUGUGCUAAAGUAAGGGCGUGUGCUCAUGUUCGUUCUGCCGCCGAUUGAAGCCUCUUGGACAGUUGCAUCUUAAUACCUUCAUCAUGCUUCAUGUAUUAGAAAAAUUAUAGGUUCAAUUGUCAUUGUAAUCAGAGUAAAAGCAAUU